AUGCCACGGCCGAUCCUGCACACCCUCUUUGCUAAGCCGGCCACCAGCAUCACCGUCCCCCUCCUCCUCCACGCCCGUCCCCUGCCCUUCAAGCCCUAUCUCAACUCCCUCUUCCCUGUCACCAUCCCCAUUCCCGACUUCAUCGUUGUCAUUGUCCUCAGGCGGUUCAUCUGCUCCGCCGCCUCCAUCAAAACCGCUGUAAACUGCUGUACCCCCCUCAUCCUCCAUGCCCUCCGAACCCACAACCGCCCCACCAUCAUCCCCUCCGCCACGGCUCCGUCCGCCGCCGCCUUCUCCAUAGCCAUCUCGGCCAAGCUCGCUCCCCCCAGCUUCCUUAUAUCCACAGUCAGUGGGGCCCCAGGAGCGGCCGCCUUACCGCCACUUGGCCCGGCAUUCUUGGCUGCAUCGGCCACGGUGUCAGAGCCGCCCAGGGCCGCCAUCACCCCUUCUAGCAAAUGGCCGGCCCUGCCCCGCCACCCCCGGGGUCACUGGCACUGGCGCCACUGCCGUUGCGACUGGGCCUUCUGGUGCCGGUGCAGCUGGCGCCGCUGCCUCCGUCCGUACCCAUUUAUUUGGCUGGAGGCCACUAUGGCCGCCGCUGCCAUGCCAUCCCCCUCGAUGGCCAACACUGCCACCGUACCCUCCCCUGGGUCCGAGCCGGGGACCUGGACCUGGGGCUCGACAAGGACAUAUCAGCUAUUCGGCAUUUUGGCAGAGCCAGAGUGA